UCUUCUGGCCUCUGUCUCUCUCUCUCCAUGUCUGUCUCUCUGACUCUGACUCUGCCUAUAUGAAUGAGCUUUCCUUUCCUUGUGGUUUACUACUAAUACCUACCACCAUCUUUGCCCAAAUCUCGAUUGCCCUUUUUCUGACUGAGGAGGAGAGGCCCCCCCAGAGCUGGUUCUGUCCUUGCCGCUUCUGUGUUGGCGGACAAAUCUUGGUCCCGAUCAUGUUAUAUUUGGACUCAAGAGGCUCUCAACAUUAAAAUAUGGGAUCUGGUGAUUGGUUCAAGACAAUAAUUAGCCGGAAGAAAGCGAAGAAAAGCAGCUUAAAGCAAGCAAAGGAGUCUUCAGCUAAUUCAGCCAAGUCAAAUUCCUUCAAAUUGGAUAGCGAAUCGGGAAAAGAGAGCGCUAGUUUGGUCAAUGGCGCUACUGGUGAUUCUCUUGGCAUGCUUACAGAAGAUAGAGCAGCCCUGAGGAUACAAACUGCAUUCCGAGCAUAUAGGGCGAGGAAAACCUUACGCCGUAUGAAAGGAAUAGUACGACUACAGAUCCUGACGCAAAAUAACACUGUUAAAAAGCAAGCAGCAACUACCUUGGGCUAUCUGCAUUGUUGGAGCAAGAUACAGUCUAAUGUUCGGGCUCGCCGUCUCUGCAUGGUAACAGAAGGCCAGAUCAAACAGAAGAAAUUGGAGAAUCAGCUUAAACUUGAAGCUAAACUCCACGAUCUUGAGGUUGAAUGGUGUGGAGGUGCUGAAACAAUGGAAGAAAUCCUUGGGAGGAUACAUCAAAGAGAAGAAGCAGCCGUGAAGCGCGAAAGAGCCAUGGCUUAUGCAUUUAACCACCAGUGGAGGGCCAACUCUAACCCUAUAUACGGUUCAAAUGCAUGCGAAGUUGGGAAGGCGAACUGGGGCUGGAGUUGGAAGGAGCGUUGGAUUGCUGCCCGGCCAUGGGAAAGCCGAGUUACCGUUCAGUCCACUAACCCGAAGAAAACUCUUAUGCAAGGCAGUAAAGGAAACAAAAGUACCCCCCAACAAACUCCAAAGCAAACAUCCCCCUCAAAGCCUCCGACAUCCAAUGGGAAACCAAUGCCUAAGCCUCGUCGACUGAGUUACCCUGCAGCUGAAAAACCGAGCAACCAGAAAGCACAUAGCAACUCCGAGCAAGCGAACAGUAAGAAUGAAUCAUUGGAAACCUGAGUCGAGGAAUCUGUUUCUUGGGAAGCCAUUUUUUCUUUAUUGGUCGUUUCUGAAUGUGUAAAUAAUUAAGUUACCUGUGAUUCGUGAAUGUGCCUGAGUUGGCUUUGAUUUUCUACUCUUAUUAUAAUUUCUCUGAUUUUGUAUAUCACAAAAGGAAAUGUAUUUAUCGUAUUAUCAGAUAUAGCGGGUGGAUCGCGAAUAGUUAGUAUCGAUUUUGAGUUCAUUGUGGAGUAUGUAUCAAGUUUGAAAUGCACUGUAUUUUGACUAUCUGCUGCUGCAUUGUGUCCUUUACACUUUGGAGGGUUUUAUCAGCAGUCUUAUCUA